GAACCUGGAUGUGCCUGGAAGCCAGGACUCUGCCUUCCUUCCACAGGAUGGCAUUUCUACUCGCCAGAGGGGGUUCCCAUUUCCACCUGCGAUGAUAUCAUCCUCCUCAUCCUCCUGCUGGAACCACCCUGGCUGGAGGCAGCCCAACCCCUCCGAGGGCGCUUCCAUUUCGGGCCAACGACCAGCCGAUCUCCGGCGGCCUUUCAUCCACGGGGCAUCCGCCGCCGCCGCCGCCGCUGCCGAGGAGGAGGAAGGAGGACGGAUUCUGCCGCGGUUCUUGUUCCUGCGCGGGGAGGUUUGGCAGCUGGAGACCGAGGCGGAGGAGGAGGCGGCGGCGGCCAGAGGGGGUGGUGUCACCUCAGGGAGCUAGAAGCAGUCCAGAGAUGAUGCUCGGGGAAAUCUCAAAGGAACUCCUGACCCGGCCACUGACCCGGAAUGAUAUGCUCAUGGCCCUUCUCCGCCUGACUGUCUUUGGAACGGCCACUUACUUUAGCAUAAAGUGGGUAUCGGAUGCUCUGGACCCUUCUCGGAAGCAAAGGAUACAGUUAAAGAAAAAGGCUGAACACUUGAUGAAACAGAUUGGAGUGGAAGGGGUGAAGCUGACAGAGCAUGAGAUGAAUAUUGCUGCUCACUUGGUGAUUCCAAAGGACAUCAAGGUCACUUGGAAGGACAUUGCAGGACUGGACGAGAUGGUCAGCGAACUCCAGGACACUGUGAUCCUGCCCUUCCAGCAAAGGCACCUGUUCCAGCACUCCAAGCUUUGCCAGCCCCCAAGAGGUGUCUUACUUUAUGGCCCUCCGGGUUGUGGCAAAACCCUUCUCGCCAAAGCAACUGCCCAGGCGUCAGGAUGCAGGUUCAUAAACCUACAAGCCUCUACCCUGACCGACAAAUGGUACGGAGAGUCUCAGAAGCUCACGGCUGCCGUUUUCUCCCUAGCCACAAAGAUCCAACCCUGCAUCAUCUUCAUAGACGAAAUAGAUGCCUUCCUGAGGAACCGUUCAGAAACUGACCAUGAAGCCACCGCAAUGAUGAAAGCCGAGUUCAUGAGCCUUUGGGAUGGCCUGGAGACCCAACCCAAUUGCCAGGUCAUGGUGCUCGGAGCAACCAACAGGCCCCAAGACGUGGACCCGGCUAUCCUGAGAAGGAUGCCCACCACCUUCCAGAUUGGUCUACCUACACAAAAGCAACGGCAGGAUAUUCUGAAGCUCAUUCUUGCAGGAGAAAAUCUGAGCAAUGCGGUUAGCCUGAAGGACCUGGCGGAGAGAACAAGCGGCUAUUCGGGGAGUGACCUGCGGGAAGUGUGCCGAGACGCUGCCAUGUAUCGGGUGCGGGAUUAUGUGCGAAAGCAGCAAAUGAGGCAGAUAGCCCAGAUGCUCCACGAGGACGGAGACAGCGACGAGGAAAGUGACUUAGACGAGGAGCGCUUGCGGCCUCUUACUCAGCUGGACCUGUUGCUCGCCCUAGAGAAGAUGAAGGAGUCGAAGGGAGCCUCCACGGCCGUGCCGGCACCGAGGGAACCCGCGUUAGAUUAAGCGACGGUCUGCCGAUCCAAGACCGUCAACCGGAAGGUGGAAGGCUGGGAGAUCAGAGCAGCCGUUCGCUUUGCGGGAUGUUGGGAAGGGAGGCUGCGCUCAAAAUGGGGGGCCGGGGGAGAGGGAGGGAAUCUGGGCUGAGCACCACCACACAAAGUGGGAGAGGAAAAAGACAGGUAUAAAAAUAUGAGGAAAUUCUCAUGUCAAAGAAAGAGGGAAUCACGAUGGACGAGAAGAGCGGGUGGCCGGGCACGGGGAGGCAGAAGCACCACAGCUUUCCAAUAAACGACAGGAAACACAUGCACGACCAAUGAGCUAAGACAACCAUGAGAAAAACUAGCAACACACACCUUGGAGGUACUAAUUAAUAUGUGACUAAGCAGCACAUCCUUCCAAUACAACAGUACAACUCCUAUUUCGGUGGGUGGGCUAUAAAGCAAAUAUCUGAGGCAAACAAAGGAUUUCUAUUUCCCACUUAAGUUUUCUUUGUCUAAGCCAGUUUAAUUUCCUGAUGUCUUUCCCUCACUCCCCACGCCUACCUGGUGUUGAGAAACCACACACUGUAGGUCUUCUCUUCUGAAGGUUUUAACACUGACAGAUUAUAAAUAAAGCAUUCAAGUCUACAAACACGGGACUCGAAAUACUUCCAUUUUUUUUAAAAAAAAACAUUUUAUUUAUCUUGGCUGCUUUCUCCUCAUAGUAGACUUCGUCCUUCCUGAGGGAGCUAAAGUAUUCCAGCUUGUACAUUUGAAAACAACCUCCCUGUCCUCAUCUGGAGGCAUCAAAACAUAGAACUGAAGACCAAAACUGGCCACGUUUGCUUUCCAUUUUGCUUUAGAAAGGAAAGGGGGGGGGGAGACGGCUUCAUUUUUGUUCCGAGUUGAGUCUUCUUUCUCUUUGACCCAUAUGUGCAUUUGAGCCUUUGAAAAAUGCUAGAAAAUAGCUUAGCAGCUAGUUGGUGGACUGAGAAAACUGUCAUUUUAAGUCCCAUGGCAGUCUAGGGGAACAGAAGGUCCCUCCCCAGAGAACGGAAGGGCUGUGAACUCAUUCAGGUGCCUUUGCCCUUUUAUGCCACCUUCCUCCCAGCAAACGGAUUAGCAUUUAUGCUAAUCUGGGUGACAUCCACCUAGACCCUAUCGCCCUAUGAAGUAGAAAAAGGGAUGUUCUCCAGAUACAUCCGCUGCAAAUGCACAGCAACGUUUGGGACUACCAGUGAGGGUUCAGUAGUUAAGGAGGAUGGGAGGCAUUGCCCAAGGCUCUCAGAAAAUGACAUCAGCACAAAGCAAAGGGGGGGGGGUAUGACUUGAUUUGUCCAGGAAGAAGAUGCAUUAUGACAUCACCGUCAACUGCUGCCCAAGUUCUAGAGCAAAGAGCUAGAAUGGCCGCGAAAAGGAGCUGAGAAUGUGCAUUUGGCAUGAAGGGAAGGAUCAAUACAUGCAAUCAAUAUUGCAAGGAAACCUACUAUUCUCGAAAGAAUCAUCCUCAUUCUUGGCUUCACUUAGCCUGCCAUACUCCCGUUUCCUCCAGGGGAAGAAGGCACACCUCGUGUGGUGGAGAGCGUCUCCUGUUGCUCCGGAGAGGAAAUCCAAACCAAAAGGUUGAAAAAGGGUUAGCAUUAGCCCGGCUCUAAAAGGAGAGUCUUUCUUUGCUCUGCCUUCUGUCCCGGAUACGAGGGCUCCCGAACUGCAACUCAUACUCAUCGCACACAUUCUUAAUGAUCAAAAAUGGCCAUCUGGCAAGAAUACAUCAACAGUUUCAUGGAAGAUUUGCUGUGCUGGGAUGCAGCCAUUGUUUCCAUUCUUCAAUGGCGGCUCCUUUGUGCCUGGCCGGGGGGCAUCCUGGCCAAAGUGACGGAGCCAGAGAUUCAAGCUCUUCUUGGUCAGAACAGGAACAUCCUGCUCACCCAAGGACUGACCCUCGGUGGCCUCCCAUGCAUGGUCGUACGCGACCAUCUCUAUACAGAGGCCCAACAACACACGAUGGAUCUCCAAACGAAGGUCUCCAAGGACGGUGGAGAGACCUGCACCCGCGCCGUCGCUGUCGUCCUGGUCGACCCGGUGUGCCUGAUCGUCAUUGGAGAGAGGGGGGUUCAGGGCGGGAUGCUGAACAUGAGGGUCCUUCGGGUGGCUCAAUCCAUACAGCCACCUAGAGUGGUCAAAGCACCAGAUAGGCGGGGUAUAAAUAAAGUAAAUAAAUAAAUACAAGACGAUGUAGCAAAGAGAAGUGCCGCGGAUGACGGCCACCAAGCCGGCCUAACAUUAAACCUCCAUGAAUAGAUAUUCCAAAUGCGAUGCUCCCUUUUCCUUCACUUCAUUUCCCUGCUUCUGAUGGAGGCUUGAAAGGAGAAUCCUGUGCUAACUGCUAGAAAGGGAGUUGAAGUCCCAUGGGAAUGAACGUGAAACGGUGGGGUUUGGGCGAGUUGCACAAAGCCGUUGCCAAACAUCCAGGCCUAGCAAACCGUGGAGCUUAACUCAGGACCGGACCACAAGCAUAUCUAGUUUACCUCCAUGGUUUGCGGUGCCCGGAUG